AUGCCUGAGGAAGAUCCGCAGGCGCCAAAGGUCCCACAAAAAGGCAUCUUCGAUUCGGAGAAUGAGCCUCUACGAUCUGAAAAUGCAAGCCAGAAUGGGCAGGUAACACCACUAUCACUGAUGAUUCCGACCUUUGAAUCUGUGCAGACUUUACCAACUCCGAUGACGUACACUCCUCCAGCGCAUUCAGCAAAAUCACCACGACAAGCUCUCGUUAUUUCAAAGAGACGAGGAGAUGCGGUGCAGCCCGCCAAAGAAAAUGCAGGCGCCCAGCAUCGCGUUGUGUCGGAGCUUUUCCCUCUGCCGGAGGCUGCGCAACAGAGAGUCAGUUCUUUGCCGACAGUUAGUGAGAGUUCAUCGACGACCGACUUUUCAUUAUCGGCCAGAAGCGACCCAAUAGAAGUAGAUACCGUGGAUGAUCAGGAAAUACUGAUAGGAUAUAUGUUGGAUCGCUUGGAUGUGCCGAUGAGAUGGAAGAAAGUGAGACAGAUUGGAUCGGGCAACUUCAGUAAUGUGUUCCUGUAUGAAUCGAUAGAUCAAACUACAGAUCCUAGAUUGAGGCUGGUUUCAGUAAAGAGAAUCAAAUACCCGGAAGAGUUGGUGAAUAGGCAGGCGUUAAACCCACAGUUGGCCAAGGAUUUGCUUUCACGUCUGGAAAGCUCGCUGAGCAGAGAGCUUGCCAUACUUAAAAGCCUGGAUUACCCAUCUAUCGUGAAACUAUACGGGGUCAACAACCCUGUCUUCAUAACGAGCAAAAAGCCCUUGAGAGAUUUAAUGCUACGUGAGGAUAGACUGCCGCAUUGUGACAUGAUCAUGUCCUACUGCUCUGGAGGGGACCUGCUGGUGGCAGCAACUAGCUGUAACGGGAAGCUCGAAGUGUCGGUGGUACAGAGGCUUUUCUCGGAGCUGGUUAUGGCGGUCAAAUACUUGCAUGACAACAACGUAAUUCAUAGGGACUUAAAACUAGAGAAUGUGCUUCUCAAAUUCCCAUUGGAUGCUAUUAUCGAUAUGAAAGACUCGCCAGUGUAUCUGAAACACCACUUGAUAGAAUUGGCCGAUUUUGGACUUUGUAAGAAGAUUGAGCCAGGUGAACUUUGUACAGCCCGUUGCGGCUCGGAAGAUUAUGUUUCCCCAGAAAUCUUGAUGGGAAUACCAUACGAUGGCCGUCUGAGUGAUACCUGGGCAUUAGGGGUGAUCUUGUUCGGUUUACUGGAGGAUAGACUACCAUUCGAUCCUCCUCCCAAUGCGUCAGUGAGACAACGCAAUAGAGCCACAUCCCACAGGAUUGCCCGCUACGAAUGGAAGUGGCUCCGACUGUUGAAUGAAGACCUUGACGCUAAGCAGAUCGUUCAGCAUACUCUGACCAGGAAAAGCGAAAGAUGGAGGAUCGAUCAGAUAAGAGAGUCAAGUUUUGUCAAAUCGACCGCAGACGCUCUACCGUUCUGA